AUGAAAAUUAAAUACUUAAUAAUAGUUUUCCACAUCUUAAUACUUAUAGAGAAAUUAAUUUAUAUAAAUUUGCAGAAAUUGAAAAUGUCUAUGUCGAAUGCUGAAUCUCAACCAAUAGCUAUAGUUAGUUUAUAGAUGGAAGAUGGGAUUGAAGAGAUAAAAGUAUAUGAAGGUGAGGAUGUAGAAUUAGAAGUUGAGCUUUUUUGUUAAAGAUACAAACUUGGUAAUGAUUGCUUGGAAUAUCUGGUGAAUUAAAUUAAGCAACAGCUAAAACGUGAACCUUCACCUAGAUUUGGUGAUUUCAAUAAGUAAUAAUUUUUGAACAAAGGCUCAUUAAAAACAAGGAGUAGUAAACAAAGUGACUUUGGAAUUGUAACAUCAGCUAGUUCUGAUGAAAAUUAAGUGUCAGCGUAAAAGAGUUAUGAAGAAUGGUAGAAAAAAAUUAAUAGGAAGAUUGAGGCUAAUUCAAAUUCUAAAUUGUAAUGGAAUAUGCCAACAUCAGCUAGGUGUAAGUUUUUUUAAUAAUUAGCAAAUAACUAAAACAAUCCUAGGUCCAUUAACACAAAUGAUAGAAUAUAUGGAGAAACAAAUACUCAACACUAAAAUAAGAUUGAAUAACAAAAAUAACAUUAUUUAUAUAAGGGCUAGUCAGAAAUUUCAGAAACUACUCUUAAAUCAAAUAUAUCACCAAAUUUCAAAAAUGUCAUACAAUAAAAAAAGAAAGCAGAAGAUAAUUCAUUAUUAAAUAUUGGACAUUAAUUACAUUCAAAAGGAACAGAAUAAAAUAUUAAAAAAUAAUAAUAGUUAUUUUAGAUUUAAAAGGAGCAAUCAUCAAUCAGAUCCUUUUAACCAAGAAGAUCAGAUAUAAGUAGUAGAAAUCAUUCCCAAUAAAAUAGAUCAACAAGCAAUAAAAAAUAAAGAUCAAACACACCUGUUAACGAAAAGCCCUACAUUUAAGAAAAGGAAAGAAAAUAAUAAAAAUUUGAACAAUUGAAACAAGAAUUUUAAAAAAUGUAUACUACUAAUCCUUAAAUAAAUAAUUUAUAUUAAAAAGAAGAAAAUAAAAAAUAAACUCAAUAAUAACAAGUUAAAAAGCUAUUCACAGAUUAAAUUGAGAGGAAAAAAAAAAUUGAAUAGAAAUAGUAAUUAAUUUAUUAAAAUUAGACGAGAACAAUCGCUUUAAAAUAAUUCUAAGUUUCAAAAUUAAAUUAGUAAAGAUUAGGUUUAUUAAAAAGCCUAUAAUAAAUAGUAUGUAGAAGAUUUAAAAUAAAUUGAGUUAAAGUAAAAUAAUAGGAGUACUAGUAAUCUAUCACAAAGAUCAGACUCUCGAUCUUAAAUUAAUAAUACUAAAAUAAACUAAUUUGAUUUGAAUAUAAAAAAGAUAUUCAGAUAAUUAGAUGGAGAUAAAGAUGGUUAUAUUAGUAAAGAUAAAUUGAACUUGUCAGGAAUUGAGGUUUAAUUACUUGAAUUAGUAAGUGAGGCAUUAUAUAAAAUUGAAGAAGAAGAUAUUGUUGCUGAUCAAAUUUAAUUUAAAAGAAUUUGUGAAUCUAUGGGAUUGUAAGAGGUACUUAACCAUUAAUUAAUUUGA